UUUGCUGCCUCAGUUUCACCAACGAGUCAAAGUACAAGCUGUUCAUACAAAGACAAAAACACAUCUUUUUCCACUUUUGUCCCGGGAAAAUUUUCCGGGAAAAUACAGGGAGAACAGGAUGAACAUUAGACGAUCCCAAGAAAAUACCAAAUAUGCCAACGACUUGGUUAUCAUUUUUUCAUUUCAUUCAAAGGAGAGUUUAUUAUUCCUUUUGUUUUUAGUUCAAAGCUAAGCCACUGAAAUCGAUCAAGGUUUUAGUUUACUGUUUCAUCUGACAGGCAAAGAGAAUCGUAUUUCAAUGGGUUGUUGAAGAUAUCUGGGGAGACUGAAUUUGUUUAGAAUUUCUGUUAUUGCGGUUUAUAACCGUCUUUUGUGGAAUGGAGAAAAUGAACUCCAAAAUGGAGCUUGAUAAGAAUAAUUGUGGUAGUGAUUCUAAUAAUGGUCAGUUGUUGCGUGACAUUGAGGAAAUAAGUAGAGCCCUUUACUUGCAAAAACCCUCAUCAAAAGCUUUGGUUACCACAUCAAAUGUUAGAUCUAAAUCUGUUGGAAAAACCUGUCUUUCAGAAUCAAAAUCAAAGCAGGACUCAAGAAACCCCUGUGCUGAUGUGAUGCAGAAGGAUAAGAAAUCAUCAUCAUUGUGGAAUUGGAAGAAACCCUUGAAAGCAUUAACUAAUAUUAGGCGUCAUCGAUUUGAUAUUUGUUUCUUUUUCCAUGUGCAUUCUAUUGAAGGCUUGCCUGCCUAUUUAAAUGACUUUAGCUUAUGUGUGCAUUGGAAGAGGAAGGAUGAGGUAUUGUCUACUCAUGCAGCGAGGGUUGUGGGUGGAAUUGCUGAAUUUGAAGAGACGUUAAUGCAUAAAUGUUAUGUGCAUGGUAGAAGUGGACCUCACAAUGCAGCAAAGUAUGAGGUGAAGCUUUUCCUUAUCUAUGCUUCCAUUGUUGGUGCUCCAGGGAAUAGUAUAGGGGAGCAUUGGAUUGAUCUCACAAGGCUGUUACCACUUACUUUGGAGGAUUUAGAAGGGGAGAAAGGCUCAGGUAAAUGGACAACAAGCUUUAAACUUUCUGGCAAGGCUAAAGGUGCUACACUAAAUGUCAGUUUCAGUUUCUUGGUAACUAGGGACAAUUUAGUUGAAUCUAGUGGCAACAUGAAUGCAUCGAAUUUUAUAAGUCUAACAGAGACCGGGUCAAGUGCAAUGGGACACGGUGGAGGUCUUCAUGCAAGUAAUGGGAAUGGGAUGCUUCACCAUGUUGGUACUGUUCCAAGUACUGUAAACCACAGGUCUUAUCUGUCACCCUUGUCUGUUGAUAUAAAGUUUGGUACUGAAGUGUUGCCAAAUUUGGGAGUCGAACUUUCCAAAUCUAUAAGUUUUUUAUAUCAGAAACUUAAUGAAGGGAAUUUCCACAGCCCAUCAGGCUUAGAUAAAUUGUCCGAACAUGUCGAGCCUCCGAAACCUAAUUCUGAGUCCACUAAAGGCAUAUAUGAGUAUGAAAACAUUGACUUUUUUGUCAUUGAUCAGGGUGUAGAAAUGUGUCAAAAAGAUCCAUCUAAAUGUGAACAAAGUGAUAUUCAGAUUAUUGAUGGCUCUGCCAUCGAAACUAUCAAUGUGGAUGAGAUCCUUAAAGAUUGUGACUCGGAUGUUGAUGAGGAGGCAGAACAUGUUUUAAAGGUCCACAGCUCCAGUAGUUGCAAGGAGGUAGUGGUAGAUGACUGUAGACAAGAAAAGAGAAAUAUAUGGUCCAAACCAGUGACUGUGCAAGAGCUGGAGUCAGCUUUUCAAGACAUGUUGCUUACAGAAUCAUCAAUAUCAGAAUCUCCAUCUGCUUUGGACGAGUUUAUUGAGCAUGAAAAGUUUACGGAGGUUAAAUCAAAUUACAAGGCUAGCAAAGUGACAAAGAAAUGGCUAAGUUUGGAUGAAAUUGCUGACACUGUGGCUACUGAUUUCUUAAAGAUGCUGGAAAUUGAACAUGAUCCAUUUAGCUCGAAUUCUGAUAGUGCUCUUGAAUCUCCUAGAGAGCGUCUGUUGAGAGAGUUUGAAAAUGAAGCCCUUGCCUCUGGUGACUUCAUCCUAGAUUUUGGUGCAGGAGGAGAGGAGGCAGAAAUUGGUUCCACCACUCCUGGCUGUGAGGAUAUCUAUGAAGAUUUUGCUUUCUCUCCAGUUAUUCUGCCCAGUGAGGAGCAGAAGAUGGAAAGUCUGUCACUGAAAAACAGAAGGAAGGUCAACAUGCUUGAAAACUUAGAGACUGAAGCUUUGAUGCUUGAGUGGGGCUUAGAUGAGAAGGCAUUUCAAAGUUCUCCACAUGUACAAACUGACGGAUUUGGAAGUCCAAUUGCGCUUUCCCCAGAACGAGGUGAAUUACCUCCACUGGGAGAUGGCUUUGGACAUUUCAUUCCAACAAAGGAUGGAGGUGUUCUGCGAUCCAUGAAUCGGUCACUUUUUAGAAAUUGUAAAAAUGUUGGGCACUUGGUCAUGCAAGUAUCUAGAGCAGCUGUAUUUCCUGCAAGAUUGGGUACUGAUAUUAUGGAGAUAUUACAAAACUUGGCUUCACUUGGAAUUGAGGACUUGUCCUUGCAGGUAAAGACAAUAAUGCCUUUGGAGGAUAUUACUGGGAAAACAUUGCAACAAGUUGUGCUGGGAGCCACGCCUAGGGCUGUUGUGCGAGAGAGGCGGGUUGAGUUGCAGCAAGAAUCACUAUGCGAUCAGGAUUCAUUUUAUCAGAGAAAGGAAGUUGAAGGAUUUCAAUGUUGCUGGAGCUAUGAUAAUCUAAGCUCAGGCCUCGUUGGUGGUGAGAUGAGCCCAGGUUGUAUAUCUUUGGAAAACCUUGUUCCAUCAGCCAUGAAUAGGAUUGAAGCCCUUACAAUAGAGGGUUUGAAAAUUCAAUGUGGCAUGUCAGAUGAGGAUGCACCAUCAACCGUCAGUCCUUUGUCCUCUAGCAAUAAGUAUUUUAUUACAGGAAAGGAUUCAAAGUUUGGUAAGUUUUUCAGUUUGGAGGGAGCUGCAGGUUCACAGUCUCUGGAUUUCAGAGAUGAUGUUGAUGAUGUUAAUAGAUUAAUGGGUCUUUCGAUAGCAUUGGAUGAGUGGUUAAGGCUGGAUGCUGGAAUUAUUGGUGAUGAAGAUCAAAUAAGUGACCACACGAUGCAGUUGCUUGUGGCUCAUAAAGCCAAGUGCAUUGAUUUGGUUAGUGGAAUAUUGACAAAACAUGUUAACUUGGGUAAAGCAUCUUGUAGAAAGCAUGGGUUGUUGGGGAACAACUUUACGCUAGCUCUCAUGGUGUUGCUUAGAGAUCCCCUUCGAAACUAUGAACCAGUUGGCACGUCAAUGAUGGCUUUAAUUCAAGUAGAGAGGGCUUCUGUCCCUCUAGAGCAAGGAAUCUGUAGCACAGAGUCUGAAGGAGAUCAGGAAGAGAAUCCUGAAGAGGAUGGGGAGGAAAAAAAAGAAGGUACUCCAUUUUUCAAAAUCACCGAGGUCCAUCUUGCUGGGUUAAUUACUGAGCCUGAUGAGCAGUACCUUUGGGGUACUAAAGCACAGCAACAGUCUGGGACCCGCUGGUUGCUUUCUAGCGGCACGGCUAAGUCCAAUAUGAACACAUUUUCAAAGUCAAAGGCCAUUGUAAAAUUCUACCCACCGGUGAUGAGAAAGAUGCAGGCUAGGAAUGUGCUGUGGAGUCUAACCUCUAAUGUUCAUGAAGCAGAAACUGGUUGGAAAGAAUUGACAGAUUUGGGCCCACAUUCUAGAAACCCUAAUGUCAUCUUUCCAAAGUAAGGUGUCAAAUUUGUUGUAGGUUGCAGUUUUUGACUACUCUAAGUGGAGCAUUUACUAAGAAUAUGCCUUCAUUUGUAGAGUUAACAGUGUAGGGCAUUUCAUUAUUUCUGUAUGUAUGUAUUAAGUUUUUCUGCACUUAGUUGGCAAGCUGUACAGCCCAGUAGGAAAUCUAAUUUGCAUUUUUAUGUCUAUAUACAUGUAAUCAGUUCAUGUCCAUUUGAUAAAUGUAGCAUAUAGGGAAAGUUUCCUGGAUUUUCUGUG